AUGAAGCUUUCUCUUACUCUUGCUUUCAUCACUGGCGCCGCUGCCUUCUCGCAGGAAUCUUCCCGCCGCCAAGCCCUUUCUGGAAUUGCCGCUGCCGGAGCCGCUUUGGUCCCUGCUGCCGCCAAUGCCGCCGCUGGUGAAUCUCCACGAUUCUCCGUCUUUGGUUUGAUCGGUGACGGAGGUGCUUACUCUGAGGGUGCCGCUUACGGAAGCGAUCAAUCUACCAAAGUCUACUCUCCUUACUCUGUCUACGGAGAGGCCAGCGAGAAGUCCCUUUACAAGGAAGGAGCUGCCGAAUACGUUGCCCGCAAGAAGGCCGUCGUCGCCGAGUCCAAGGUCCGCCUUCAAAAGCUUCCCGCUUACGUUGCCAAGUCCAAGUGGUUCGAGGUCACUGAUGAGCUCAGCCGUUUCAUGUACGAGACCCGUAGUUCCAUCAACUACCUUUCCACCACCCCUGAACAAAAGAAGGCCGCCAAGGAAUUCUACGUCGCCAUUGAGAACGUUGCCAACAACGCCCGCCUAAAGAGACAAGAUGCUUGCGCCGCCGCUGUCAGUGAUGCCAUUGCCAAGCUUGAGGCUUUGAGCUUCUAA